AGAAAGACCGGAAGUACGAAGAAAAAUACAACACGCUAGCCUAGCAUGCAAAUGUCGAUUUUAUUUAGCUAAUAACUUACAUUUGUUUUGUCAGGUACAAUAACCACAUAGGUAGAGAAGACGUUUGUUCAUAUCUUAUUUCUCAAUUGGACCGAGUGGACGAUCUAAGUCAAGAUGGGAGGAGGUGACCUCGUAAGUAUGAGCAAAUAUUAGCUUACAAAGCUAACGUUAGCACUUAACUAGCUAAGCAAGUUUGUUUUGUUUAUGUCUAGCAAGCUAACUAAUCACAAAACCAGUUACAUUUCACAAAUGUGUUCGAUAUAAUUCAAUUACUGCCAACUUCUGAGCUAGCGUUUUGUGAAGCGAAACGCUAUCACUGCCACGACAAUGAUGGCUAGUUGGCGUAGCUAGUUAGUUAACUAAGUUGACCCCCUAACUAAAUUAAGUUUUGAAGGUGUAUGUAUGUGUUUAUUUUAUAUUUGUCCAGUUAUGUUAUGUUGUUGUUACACAACUACCUAGCUAGUUAACGUUACUCAGAAGUAGUAAUUCCUUACCUUCCCUGAAGAAUAAUUGGAAUUCAGAAAAUGGUUGUAUUGAUUAAUUGUAGUUAUCUUUCCUUGUUUUGUUUAAUUAUAUCGAACAUCACUUUCCCUUAUCUCUGUCAGAACUUGAAGAAGAGCUGGCAUCCCCAGACUAUGAAAAACAUAGAGCGGGUGUGGAAGGCUGAACAGAAGCACGAGGCUGAGGUGAAGAAGAUUGAGGAGCUUCAGAAGGAGCUGAGAGAUGAACGAGCUCGAGAAGAUAUAACCAGAUUCGCUCAGCAGACUGGGGCUCUAAAGUAAUGCUCACCUCACUGACCCUUGUGAUGAGGAGGAAGUAAUAGGUCUCACCUUGAUAGAGAAACCACUGUCCUAUCUAGGUUUAAAAAUCAAGAGUUAAUUUAUACUUUUCAAUUUUUCUAGUGUUCCCUCUCACCACAGACACAUGGACAGAGAUACUCCCCUUGGAUGUUGUCACUAACACUCAACUGCUUUUUUUUUGUUUUACUCCAGGAAAAAAGAGGACCGGUUGGACUGGAUGUACCAGGGGCCAGGUGGUCAGGUGUCCCGUGAUGAGUACCUGCUGGGCCGCCCCAUUGACAAGCAGAUCACCCAGCAGUUUGAGGAGCCAGAGAGCGGUCCAUCCGAACAAACCGGCCUCCUGCCUGGCUCAAUCUUCAACCCUUCCACCCCUGCAUCCACCCUCGACAUGGCUGCCAAGAUCAGAGAGGACCCGCUGUUUGAUAUCAGGUCAGUCACUCUUGUCUUUUUCUUUUAACAUUAACACUAGUGUGUCCAGCUAGCAACUGUUAUACCAUACAUUGAUGUUCUGCUGUUAGCCAAGAGCUGAUUCUAAUGACACAUUUCUUAUUUUUCAAGGAAACGAGAGGAGGAGAAGAAGAGGGAGGUCUUGACAAACCCAGUGAAAAUGAAGAAGAUCAAAGAAAUGGUAAGUUGGAUGGCUCCAUUCAAACUGGAAUGAAAUCAGUUUCAGCCUGUUGUAGUAAUAGUUCCGGAUGAACUGGGUUCUAAAGCAGCAACAGUUUUUCACUUUUUAUUUUCUUUCAGCUGCGUCAGAAUCUUGAAAAGAAAGACAAGAAAAAGAAGAGGAAGAAGGACAAGAAGGAGAAAAGGGAGGAGAAAGAGAGGAGAAAGGAGAAGAAGCAUAAGAGAAGGAGCUCAAGCUCUGAGGAUGAAGAGAAAAAACACAGGUAAAAACUAACUUCAAUAGAGGUUUCUCAGGAGCAGUAAACAGAUAUGAUCUGAUGUUCUGUUUAACUGUUUUGAUCUUGUACGCAUUUUGUGAUAGUUUACUAAAUCUAGCUUGCAGCUUCUAUUGUUGACGGCAACUUUUGGAUGGGGUAGAUUGUUUAACCCUAUCAGUCCUGAGACCCCAGCAAAACAUGAGAUUUUCAUUUAUCUGCAUGUCCAGCCCUUAUAUUUAGCGUCACAGUGAAGUGUUUUACCAUUUUAUUUUCAGGACAACCAGGGCUACAAGUAAAACACAAACGCAUUGACAUAAGUAGUUGUAUUAAUGAGUUUUAUUGACAAAUGUCAAUAAAGAAAUAAGGUCCGCCAAUGCAAAAAACUGAUCAAAAUGAAUUUAUAUUAAUGCUGUACAGAAGUUCUUUGCUCACUGAAAAAUGAAUAUCCAACUAGUCAGUGACAACUGUAUGGCGUUUGUGAUUGCAACUGUGAGCUUAUUACAGUAUUAUAGACACUAUGUCCUGGGAUUUCCUAUGAUAUUCUAUCUAGAAUACCUUUUAAUAACUCCUUUGGAGCUUGUGAGCGUCAUAGAGCAAAACAUGUUACGUGUUCGUGAGCUUUUAAUAGUUUGUAGCUGAAACCAUUCUGACUCUUGUUUCACAAACACCACUCUAGCUCAGCCGCCGUUAAUAAUCACACAUACUAAUGGUUAGUAUCUAUGGAUGCAGAAGAAAUAGAUGAAUCCAAUGGUUUAAAAGGGGUUAGAAAUCCAAAAGGUUCCAGCGUUCUGGUGAGACUCAUUGGGUUAACUGAGUUAUGUAUCUUUCCUUAGGCACCAUUCUAAAGAGGAAUCCAAAGAGACAACCCACUCACAUUCCCACCACCGCAGUGUCCCAGCUGGCUAUGGACUACAGGUCAGUAUGGCUCAAUCUCAGUCUUUAUAUAUUGACAGUGACACCAUGAACGUUGUUAGAUCUUAGUCCAAUCAAUUCAAAGUUACUUAAAUCCUCUUGAGAGAGAUGUGUACCGCUCAUCGCCUAAUUUUUCUCCUCAGUUUCCAGCUGGGAGGCAUCAUCAGUCCUCAAAGCCCCCCAACCACUCGAGGCACCGUUCUCAGGAGAGGAGCCACUCUCGAUCGCCUCAAAGGACAGACGGGAACGGCCAUCAUUCCUCUCAAAGGACAGACAACCACUCCUCUCACAAAUCAGAGAACCACUCAUCCCACAGGACAGACCAGUUCAAAGUUCCACAGUUCCAGCGUCCCAAAGCCCCCAGCCCACAGAAAGAUCGCUACCAAAGGCGUCAGAGCAGUACCACCAAGUAAGAGUCCACAGCACCAGUUUAUACAAUUAACACACUUGGGUUCAAUCAUCAGUGAACUAAUGGUAAUCGCACCACACCACCCCAUCCUAAAGUGUUUUCUUAUCCCUAUAUUUAUCUGUCUGAUAUUCUCUUAGAUGUCUCUCUGCUGAAGAGCUGGAGAAGAAGAGGAGAGAGAUGAUGGACUUUGCCAAACAGAGAGACGAAGAGCGUGAAAACAACAUUAGAAGUUACAAACGACAGGAUGAACUGGAGAAGGAGCGGGAGAAAGAGAAAGGUGGCAAGCAUGACCGCAACGCUGGCUUUAUCCAGUAAGUAUCUCACUGACUGACACACACCGAUAUUUGUGCACAUAUUGCAUGUUUACUCUGGCUGUUGUCUGGUCCUCUAAAACUGUUGCGUCCUUCCCUGCAGUAACAUGAAGCUGGAGAGUGCCUCCACCUCUUCCUUGGAGGACCGAGUCAAGAGAAACAUCCAUUCCAUACAGAGGACCCCCGCAUCCCUGGAGAAGAAUUUCAUGAGGAGAUGAGAACUAGAAGAAGCAGGAAUGGAUUGGUGUAAAAAUAUACACCAGCUACCACACUGAAAUAUGUGCACCGGUUUGCCAGGACUGCCAACUCAUAAUUUAAACAAAGCAGAAACUGCAGAGGCACCAUGCAUUUGCACUCAGGCCCUGUGAAACUGCCCCUUAGCCAUUGCCCUGACUAAAGCAAUGCAAAGUAUCUGACUUCCUCUGUAAUGGCAAAACUCCCCUGUGCCAUUCACCAGCAACAGCAAGCCAUACUCACCUUUAUAGAAUGAACGAUGGAUUUAUUUUAAGUGGAAAUGGUACAUUGUGUUCUCUGUAAUGGUUAGAAUUAUUCAAACUUACUUUUAUCACACACAACCCUUUUGUAAAUUAUGUUCCUUGAAUAUGUUUAGUGUAUUGCUGUAAAGGAGAAGAAUUGUGUAUCUUAAUAAAACAUUGUUCCUAAAGCUCUUUCAGAGUUGGGGACUAACAAAC